AUGAUCACGUCAGCUUUAGGAUUUGAAAAGAACUGCUCGUUUGUUUUGCUCAUGGCGACAACAUCGAUCUAUGAAAUAUUUCAUUACAUUCCUCCAACGAUUCAUCAAUGUCAAUCAACAUCUGUAGCUACUAAUCUGUCGAAUAGUAGCUCAAUUUUCCUUUCGUACCAGCAACCAUUUAUUCCGUGUCAAUUGCAUAAUAUGACAGAUAAUUAUACAAAUCAUGUUCAACUUGUCGAUAGCAACUAUUUGAUGCGUGCGCCUACACAUUUCGAUUGUUAUGUUCUCUUGUUCUUUGCUCGUUGGUGUCAAUUCUCUGUUCGAUUUGCGCCCUUUUUCAAUGCAAUUCCACGCUCAUUUCCUGGUCUCGAUUUCGUGGCCUACGAUGUAUCCAAAUCACUUCGCUAUAUGACCUAUUUUGGUACCAAUGCUGUACCGAGCGUGUUCAUACUACGUAAAAACAAACUAUUAGCUAGAUUAAAUAGCACGAACGAUAUACAAAUCUUACUUUCCCUGAUUGAAUCAACGCUACAUCUAAAUCAAACGAAUAACGUGACGAUUGAAGAAGAAGAUCGUCUCGGACCUGUCACGACAAUAUUUGAACCUUCGUUUGAUUAUGCUCUGUUCUUCUCAUGGUUAUUUGUUGGAUUUUUUCUUUAUUACUACGCGGAUAAAUAUAAACUUUUCACACGAAUACGUCAAAGAUUUUCACAUGAAAACUAA